AUUUAUUUUUUGGAGAACACAUCAUCGCUAAUAUUAAAAAGAUAAUUUACCCCUAGGGCCAUCGUCAGAUAACAAAGAUAAAAAAAAUGAAAAAGAAGGAAAUUACAAAUAUUCAAAAAUUAUGAAAAUUACACGAGUCAUGCAAAAAUUCGAAGAAAAUAACCUAUUUAAAAUUCUAAUCAUAUAAUUUGCAAAAAACACACGUUGAUUAUUAUCUGACCAAAAGUUAAACCUAAACAAAACCAAAAAGAAAAUAUUUCUAAUAUCAAGAUGGAAAACAUAUUGGAUAUAGUAAUCGAAAAUUUAACCGAGCAAUGGUCGAAUUUUAGUAAUAUAUGCAAUGGUACAUUAAAAAACAAUAAUCCAGCUUGCGAUAAAUAUGAAAAUGAUAUUACUUAUGAUCGUGAUCUCAUUGAAAAAAUAGUCAGCGUUAUUGUACCAGUAUUUUUUGGAAUGAUCGGUAUUCUCGGAUUAAUUGGAAACACAUUAGUUGUUAUCGUAGUUGCUGCUAAUCCAGGAAUGAGAUCAACAACUAAUAUACUAAUCAUUAAUCUAGCAGUUGCCGAUUUACUUUUCGUUAUAUUUUGCAUACCAUUCACUGCUACAGAUUUUGUAUUACCUUAUUGGCCCUUUGGUAAUAUUUGGUGCAAAAUUGUCCAAUAUCUUAUCAUCGUAACCGCUUAUGCUAGCGUUUACACGUUAGUCCUCAUGAGUCUUGACAGGUAUUUGGCAGUAGUUCAUCCGAUAACAUCUAUGUCCUGGAGGACAGAGAAUAAUGCAAUUUUAGCGAUUGGCAUCGCAUGGGCGGUUAUAUUUGCGUUAUCCACUCCAGCUCUCGUUAUUCACGGCGAGAUUCACUUUGUGUUUCAGGAUAUGGAAGACUGGUCGUCGGAAAAUCUGACGGCCUGUCGGAUCCUACCGCAAUAUGAUUGGUCAUUUUUCCAGGUAUCCUUCUUCUUAACGAGUUACUUGCUACCAUUGACGCUAAUAUGCGUCUUUUACGUCUGCAUGCUCGUCAGAUUAUGGCGUGGUGCACGUGUCAGUGCUGAAAGUCGACGUGGUAGAAGACGAGUAACGCGAUUGGUUCUCGUAGUUGUUGGCGUUUUUGCAAUAUGUUGGUGUCCUAUUCAGGUGAUAUUGGUCACGAAAUCUUUAGACGCGUAUCCUUUAAGAUCGGUGACUAUUAUAAUUCAAAUAGUAAGUCACAUAUUGGCAUAUACCAAUAGCUGUGUAAAUCCCAUACUUUAUGCUUUUUUGAGCGACAAUUUUCGGAAAGCAUUCCGGAAGAUAAUAUAUUGCAGAUCACGACAAGAUCAUCAACAAAGAUCGGGUCCAAUUACGAGAACUACUAGAGCCGCAAGCACCGGUGACAUCCUUUGAAAAGAAAAAUCUACGUCAACCGAUGUAAUUACUGCUGGACUGACAGAAUCGGUACUAAAUGUUACUGUAUAAUUUUUAAGAAGAUAUAUAAAAUGAAGAAAAAAAAAAUAAAUAAAUCAAAGUAUCCAUUCGAUGG